AUGCUCGGCGAAGCGACGAUGAUCGAGAGAGAUCUCGGGGAUCCGAGCGAUUACAGUCUCCAGUUGAAUCGUUGGUACUUGAAGCCUAUUGGCGCCUGGCCUACGUUACCCUCCACUUCUAGGCUCGAACGUAUCGUGGCGAUCGUUUUGAUCCUCCUUUGUUACUGUUCCAUAUCGUUCACUGUGGUCCCGUGUAUGUUGCACAUCCUCCUAGAGGACGAGGAUAUCCGUAUGAAACUGAGAGCGGCUGGUCCGCUUAGCCAUUGGUUCGCUGGCGGCAUCAAUUACACCACGUUGCUGAUGCGCAGCAACGAGAUACGUCAUUGCGUGGAGCAUCUCCAAACCGAUUGGAGACUAGUGACCCGUGUGAAAGACCGACAGGUGAUGCUAAAGAACGCGAAGAACGGUCGUUACGUCGCAGUUUGUUGCGCCGCGUUCAUGCAGGCCGGCGUUCUGUCCUAUUGCGCGGUGACUGCGUGGUCCACGCGGAUCGUGGAGAACGGAAACAGGACCGGGAUCGUGCACGUGUUGCCCUGCGCGUUUCAAACAAGCGUGGUCGGAAUCUUCAGUCUGGCCGCCGUCUUCACGGCACACGCGUGCGGCCAGUUGAACGUUCUAAUGGCAUGGAUCACCGAGCUGGUGAACGAAUCCAGAGGACGUAACGCGAGGAUCUAUUUAAACGAGAUAGGAGUAGUCGUGGAACACCAUCUGAGGGUGUUAAGUUUCAUAUCGCGUAUCGAGGACGUGAUGACUCGGAUAUGUUUCUUGGAAUUGGUUCGCUGUAGCUUCGGCAUAUGUAUGCUUGGCUAUUACAUUCUUACGGAAUGGAGCGAUCACAAUUUUCAGAAUCUGACCACAUAUUUCAUGAUAAUGGGUUCUAUGACGUUCAACGUGUUUAUAGUCUGUUAUAUCGGUGAAUUGCUAACGGAACAGUGCAAGAAAGUUGGUGAAGUCAUAUACAUGACAGAAUGGUAUUGUUUACCUCACAAAUGCGUUCUUGACCUGACAAUGAUUAUUGCAAGGUCGAGCUUGCUGAUUAAGAUCACCGCCGCCAAGAUGAUCCACAUGUCCGUUUCCACAUUCGGCGAUGUAAUGAAAACUACCUUCGCGUACUUAAAUUUACUGCAUCAAAUGGUGUGA